AAUUAAUAAAAAUGGGCCAACAGAGCCCCGACUACUAAUAUAAAUGUGGUAUAGAAUCCACCUCCUUCUUCCAUGUACUCCCUAGCUCCCUCCAUCUCUCGUCUAGAAAUGGAAGUUUCAGGUGCCAGAGCCGCAGUGUAUGUGGGUUUAAUUAGCAUAGCAGUUGCAUUGGCAUGGAGAGUGUUGAAUUGGGUUUGGUUCAGGCCGAAGAGGCUAGAAAGGUUCCUGAGACAACAAGGUCUUUCUGGCAAUUCUUAUCGACUUCUGUUUGGCGACAUGAAGGAAAGCUCCGUGAUGAUAGAAGAAGCAAAAUCAAAACCCAUGAAUCUGUCCCAUGAUACAGCUCCACGUGUCCUUCCCUUCCUCCAUGAGACGGUCAAGAAUUUUGGUAACAAUAGUUUUACAUGGCUUGGCCCCUAUCCAAGUGUGAUCGUUGGGAAUCCAGAAGACGCGAAGGAUGUCUUCGCCAAAUAUGUUGAUUUUCAAAAGCCAAAAUCAAAUCCGGCUGUGCAGUUGAUUGUAACAGGUCUUGUAAAUCAUGAGGAAGAGAAAUGGGCUAAACACCGCAGGAUUAUUAAUCCAGCAUUCCACGCUGAGAAGUUGAAGCAAAUGGUACCAGCAUUUGAGGUAUGUUGUAGCAAGAUGAUGAGCGAAUGGGAGGAUCUCGUUUCCAAGGAAGGAUCAUGUGAGUUAGAUGUAUGGCCUUUUCUGCAAAAUUUGACAGCCGAUGCGAUCUCUAGAACAGCUUUUGGGAGUAGCUAUCAAGAAGGAAGAAAAAUAUUCCAACUCCUAAGGGAGCUAGCUGAACUUAUAACGAAUCAUAUUUACUCUGUUAGUGUCAACAUUCCUGGAUGGAGGUUUCUGCCAACAAAGAUGAACAAGAGGAUGAUGGAAAUCGACAAGGAAAUAAAAGCUACGCUCAAGGACCUGAUCAACAUAAGAGGGGAAGAAAUGAAAAUGGGAGGUGGGACUAAAGAUGACUUAUUAGGCAUACUUUUGGAGUCCAAUUUUAAAGAAAUCCAACAGCAUGGAAACAAGAAGAGUGUUGGGAUGAGUACUAAAGAUGUGAUCGAUGAAUGUAAACUAUUUUACUUAGCAGGCCAUGAGACCACCUCAGUGUUGCUUGUUUUUGCCAUGAUUUUAUUGAGUAUGCAUCCGAAUUGGCAACACCGUGCAAGAGAAGAAGUCUUGCAAGCUUUUGGUAACAAGAAGCCAGAUUUUGAUGGCAUAACCCACCUUAAAGUCGUAACAAUGAUUUUGAAUGAGGUUCUUAGAUUAUAUCCACCAGUGCCUGCAUUUCAUCGAAAAGUUCACAAGAAAACACAACUUGGAAAGUUGACAUUGCCAGCUGGAGUGUACGUCUUAAUACCAUCGCUGCUUGUUCAUCAUGACAAGGAACUGUGGGGUGAAGAUGCAACUACUUUCAAUCCGGAAAGAUUUUCCGAAGGAGUUUCAAAGGCCACAAAUGGUCGAGUUUGUUUUCUUUCUUUCGGUUGGGGACCUCGGAUUUGCAUUGGACAAAACUUUGCCAUGAUGGAAGCAAAAAUGGCUCUGUCAAUGAUCCUACAGAGAUUCACCUUUGAGCUAUCCCCAUCCUAUGCUCAUGCUCCUCACUUUGUCCUUACUCUUCAGCCACAAUUUGGUGCUCAUAUUAUUUUACAUAAACGUAAUUAAUGCUAUAAGUAAUUAAUGCUAUAGAAUUAUGAAUAAUAGAUACAAAUAUUGUCUAUAUAUAUACAUAUAUAUGUUUAUGUAUACAUGUUUGUAUCAAUUAAAACUUCUGAAGUUUGGAUGCAAUUGUUAUUACAUCUAUGAAGUUCUUUUCUAUUACUGAUAAA